UUGCAUCUUUCAGAUCGUGCUCUCUGGAUACCAGCUCCGGGUUUGUUGGGGAGGAGGGGAAGUGUAUUUCAGUCCCCUGAGAUUGCUGUCUUUCUUGCUUGCUUUUUUUUUUGGGUGGGACAAAUUCUCUCCCACCCUUAUUUUGCAAAACAUCAGAGUCGUGGAUUUUUCUCUGAAAGACUUGAUCUAACGACGCAGUGUGGGAGAAUCUAGCUCCCUGGUCCUGUGUCUGACCCCGGCUGGGGGCUGGUGUAGAUCAGAGUGGGUGAUUUGUUCUGUUUCUUCUCCUGAUGCUGUUCUGUACAUGAAAAGAGGAGCAGCUCCCAAGGAGGCAUGGCAUGAGCUGGAAGCAGUCGCUGGAGAGUGACUGUAGAAGAUGUCGAACCAGAGUACUGGUGACACCAAGCCCCCAUGUUUACCCCGGAAUGGAUUGGUGAAGAUCCCCACCCAGCCCAAUGGACUUGGCUCUGCCAGCAUCACCAAAGGGACACCAGCAGUGAAAAACCGGCUGUGCCAGCCUUCUUCCGUGCCUGCUAUCAUCAGCCCAGCCUUACCCAAUCACAGUGACCUUCCCAUACCCAGUCUGGCAUCACCACUGUCCUUGGCGACUCUGGCAGGGGUGCCGUCCCCUUCCAGCACCUCCAUGGUGGGACUGAACUUGAGUGAGGCCUCCCUGACAAAUGAGCACUCCUCCCCAGAGAGGCUCCCUGGCUCCCCCACGGAAAGGCAGCUUGCUGUGGAUGAAAAGAUCCUCAACCGCUUGUUCUGGUACUUUUCAGCCUGUGAGAAAUGUGUCCUGGCCCAGGUGUGUAAGGUGUGGAGGCGGGUCCUGUACCAGUCCAAGUUCUGGGUAGGCUUGACACCAGUGCUGCACACCAAAGAGCUCUACAACACCCUGCCCAGCGGUGAGAAGGAAUUUGUUAACCUCCAGGGCUUUGCUGUCCGGGGCUUUGACAGCUUUUGUCUGGUGGGGGUCUCAGACCUGGACAUUUGUGAGUUCAUUGACAACUACCCCCUGUCCAAGAAAGGGGUGAAGUCCAUGAGCCUUAAGAGAUCGACCAUCACGGAUGCAGGGCUCGAGGUGAUGCUGGAGCAGAUGCAGGGUGUGGUGCGCCUGGAGCUCUCUGGCUGCAAUGACUUCACAGAAGCCGGCCUGUGGUCGAGCCUGAAUGCUCGCAUCACCUCCUUGAGCAUCAGCGACUGCAUCAAUGUGGCUGAUGAUGCCAUUGCCGCCAUCUCCCAGCUGCUUCCCAACCUGACUGAGCUCAACCUGCAGGCCUACCAUGUGACGGACACAGCCUUAGCCUACUUCACUGCCAAGCAGGGCUAUACCACCCACACCCUGCGCCUCAGCUCUUGCUGGGAGAUCACCAACCAUGGGGUGGUCAACAUGGUGCACAGCCUGCCCAACCUGACCGUGCUGAGCCUCUCUGGCUGCUCCAAGGUGACUGAUGACGGGGUGGAGCUCGUGGCUGAGAACCUGCGGAAGCUGAGGAGCUUGGAUCUCUCAUGGUGCCCUCGGAUCACUGACAUGGCCCUGGAGUAUAUCGCCUGUGACCUGCAUAAACUGGAGGAGCUCGUUCUUGACAGGUGUGUGCGGAUUACAGACACUGGACUCAGUUACUUAUCCACCAUGUCAUCCCUUAGGAGCCUGUACCUCCGCUGGUGCUGCCAGGUGCAAGACUUUGGCCUGAAGCAUCUCCUGGGCAUGAGAAGUUUGCGUCUGUUGUCUCUUGCUGGCUGCCCCCUGCUGACCACCACUGGGCUCUCAGGCCUUGUUCAACUUCAAGACCUGGAGGAGCUGGAGCUGACCAACUGUCCUGGUGCCACCCCGGAGCUGUUCAAGUAUUUCUCCCAGCACCUGCCGCACUGCAUGGUAAUCGAAUAAGCAGCCCCAAGGAUUGGCCAACCUUUGGAGCUGUCUCCUUCAAUCCCAACCCAACACUGGUCAACCAACCAGAGUUAUCAUUUUGUUUUAAUUUUGUUAUGUUUUGGGAGAGAUGCUAACGAUCGUGUUGAUUUAAACCACGCACCAUGUGUAUAGCAGUCAAGAGUUAGUUAAUCACAUCAACGCAUUGGAUGAGGACACCUAGAGAGAGGGGUAUUUGCGGUCUCCACAGAGAUGGGCACCCAUCUGUUCCAUAAGACGAAACCUCCUGCAAGAAUCUCUCUGCAAAGUUUGUAAAUUUUCCACGCCUCCAUCAUCACUCAUCUUCUUUGUAAUGGUCUGUCCUGAAAAAAAAAGUUAAAAAACACAGCCAAACAAAAAACCAACAAAAAAUGAGCAAACAAAACAAAGCAAAUGAAUGACCAUGAUUGGAGAGUUGGGGCGGGUUGGCACGGUUUCAUGUCCUGCAUGGUGUCCCACUCAGUGCUGGAUCCCAUGAGGUUUCUGCCCAAUGUCUCAUGUCACAGCAGUUAGAAGUUCCUUCUGAGACCCCCCACACUUCUGGGGGUGUUGGCGGUGAGUCUGGGGGAGGGGCCUGAUUGGAGCCCCUCCCCAUUCUGGGUUCUGGAUGGUCAAACCCAGUGUUUCCAUCAUGGCAUAUGUUGGCAGGAGCUGAGCCAGAAAGCUUAGAAGAAAAGAGGAGAAUCCUGAGGGACAGAGAGACUCGAAGGAGAAAGGAUGAAAUUCCUGAUGCCAUGUGUUUGCUCUGUCUCUUAAUUACUUCAGCGGGACACUGCAGGGUCUGCCACGCUUGAGACAUUUUAAAAAAUAAACCGACCAACGCUGUGAAAGAGAAGCACAGGGCCCAUUCUGAGGCUUUUGGCAGGCCGGGUGCCUUCUGCUCCCAAAGAUGGAGCUGAUAUGCUGCCCAUGAUCAUCUUGUCUUCAUUGAAAACAUGGAUCCGUGAGCAAGUUUCUUGAGAAACAAACAAACCCAACUCCCCACCCAAUCCUCUGAAAACCCAAUAGCCCCACGGUCACAUGAUCUGGGGUAGACGGUCGCCUACUGCUGUUUUCAUUUUGUUAAUAAGAUGUUCUUCUCAGAACAGCCUGCAGCCUUCGCAUGCUAGCUUGCUUCAGUCUUGUGGUAAGGUAGGUUCUGGAAUGCGCAGGGGCUGGGAGGGUCUAUGGGGCAGCCCUCUGCCCAGCUCCAGUUCUCUUCCAGUGUGAAGCUGGUGUGGCUUUGUAUCCAAUCCACAUACAUUUAUUGGAGUACAGGUUUAACUGUGGGAGCUAGGAGCCUAAAGCAGCUCCCCCUCCUCCACCAGCCUGAGCCUCCUUCAACUAUCUCCCUUCUAGAGCUGCAGGCUCGAGAAGGGGUGAGAAAGCUAUGGUGUCCUACUGGGCUUGAUUUGUGGCAGCAUGCCUUAUGCCUGGCAGCAUUUUUCCCCAGGCUCACCUCGAGGCCAGCUCAGUUCUAGGACAGAGGGAAGGCUGGCAGCACAUCAAUCAGACCAGCCUGGGAUCCUACUAAGGCAGUGGGCCCUAAACUGUGGGGUGCACUCCCAAGGGGGGUGCAGAGGAACUUCCAGGGGGCCCUUUGCUCUGUCCCCAGCUCAUCUCCAGCCCCGCCCAGGCCCCAGCCCCAGUUGCAGCCCCCAGCCCCAGUUUAGGGUUACCAGGUUAUUCACAGUAACCAGCCUCUGCCACUGAGGGGUGGGGAGCUGUGGAGGCAGGAAGAGCAGCAGCUGCUGCUGGAGCCUGGAGGAGCACUCAGCACCCGCUCCAGCCAAGAGAGGUACUGGAGGCUUCCCCGUCCUGCUCCACUCACCCCUCCACCCGGAGCAUGGCUCCCACACCCCUGUCCUGCUCCACUCAUUUCCCACCUCCAGAGCACAGCUCUCCCUGCCCCAUCCUGCCCCGCUUACCCCCACCCCUAGAGCAUGGCUCUAUCGCCUCUGUCCUGCUCCACUCAUUCCCCACCCCUGGAGCAUGGCUCCCACUGUCCCAUCCUGCCCCACUUACCCCCACCCCCGGACCAUGGCUCCCCUCCCCUGUCCUGCCUCACUCACCCACUCCCCAGGGGCCCUGGGCCAAAUAAGGAGCGGUGCAAUCAAAAAAGUUUUGAGACUACUGUACAAAGGUGACCACUUUUUCAAAAUGCAACAAUGGAACACAUGCAGGGGUCCCGCCCCCUUCAGUGGCCCCAGCCCCUCCUGCUCCUCUUCCCCCUGAGGCCCCACCCCCUGGGCAGGCCAGAAGCCAGAGCCAGGCAGUAGUAAGAGCCACCCAGGGAACCUGGGCUGCUGUGGGGAGCCCUGGACCUGUGUUCCCACCUCCUUGGGGCAUGCAGUUCAGGGCAGGUAGAGGAAUCCACAGCAGCCCAGACUCCCUGGAUGGCUCUAACUACUGCCCAGCCUGGCCAGCAGCAGAGCCUCGGAGGACGGGGGGGCGAGAAGGAGCAGGAGCGGGACCUCACGGUGGGGUGGGGCUAAGGCCCAUCUCAGCCCCUGGGAAGAGGCUGGCACUGCCCCCUGAACCUCAGGCAGGGGCAGAGCAGCACUGCUGGGAAUCCAGGACAAAUGUCCCAGAGUCAUUCAGCCCAGUACCGGGUCUUGAACUCUGCAUUGCUGGGCUGUCCUGCCCAAUUCAGGACAGGGUGGUCACCCUAGAUACUGACUUUUCCCUUCUUGCUACCCUGCCCUCCAGACCACUUGUGGCUCCAAGGGGGAGGCUUUCCCAUGCUGCUUUCAGGCAGCUACCACUUUGACCUGCUGCUGGGCCCUGGCUCAAAGGAGCCCUUUACAUCUCCCUGUGGCCUACCCACCGUCAGAAGCUGCCAGCAGGGUCCCCUACCCCUGACGCAUCAGGAGGUGGCUAGGGCCCCAGUGCCUGAGCAGCACCUGGGUGCUUGGAGAAUGUCCCCUGUGCUGCACUCAGGUCCCAGUCCAGGAGGGGCAGGGGGGGUCUGAGAGAGAAAAGACCGGCUGAGCUGUACUGUCUGCAGCCCAAACCAGCUCUCAUCAGCUGGGCUCUUUAGUCUUCUGGGGAUGAAAUCUCUUUUGUUUUGGUUUUGUUUGCGGGGAAGUGAGGGCCAGGGAAAACCAACAGCUUGUGGGGAGCCAGGCUCUCUUCCCAUCACUGCUCAUUCUAGUGCUGGUGCAUUUCUGCUCCAUUUACUGCUUGCAGUGAGGUUGGAGGAAGCCCGCUCCCAGCUUCAUGUACUUGCAUAUAUCUCAUCCCAUGCAUGUCCCCCAACAGACUGAAUUUACUGCUUUGGAAGGAUGCCCCCCUUCCCUCUUCAGUCACCAUCUGGGCCUCCCCUCUCCUCCAGGAAGGAAGUUGAUGGCAAUGCAGCCAGCUGGGUGGAGCUCCUGGGCUGGAGAGAGGAGCAUGUUGUUUUCUAGGGAUGGAUGCGGGAACUGUGAUGAAGAGAUUGGGAUUCUGUAGGGAUGGUGUCAGGAGGGUCACUCAUUCAUACCCUGUGGCUGACUCACAGUUCCUGGGUGCCUUGACAGUCUCCUGUCCCAUUGUAAUCAAAAGCCAGAGCAAAUCCAUCUCCUGUGGUGUGGAAAAAUGGAGUCUGCAAUGCAGGAGAAGCAGCCCCAGGACCUAAUGCCAGUGUAGCUAUUCCAGCAUCUAAAGCCAUCUCCCAGACACCAGCAGAAAGAGUCCAGGCAGUGACCGCUCCGUGUCUCUUCUCACAAGUCCUCCCAACAUCAUCAGCACUUUCUACACUGCUUCAUCCCUGACCUCAGCCAGGAAUGGUCUGAAGGGAAGGGUGCUGACCACAGCAGUUGUUUGAAGAUUCCCAGGGUUAGACACUUUCAGUCCUAAUCUCAAUCCCUCUUCUCGAGCAGGCAGGGCCAGGAGCUCUGUAGGAGGCAGCACACACAGCCUAAGAAGGGAAGGAGUGCCUUGCAUUGCUCAGCAGCAAUCUGCCCUGUUGCUGUUAGAAGCUCUUGUAUUGUACCAUAAAUGGACAUGGCGCUUUGCAAACUAGACUUGGUUCCUGCCCUAAGGCCCUUACAGUCUAGCAGUUAAUAGGCACCCUGGUUUCAGCAUAGGGCAGUAGGUAACAGCUGCUGAUUAGGUAAAGCCAGGGAUGUAACUGGAAGGGCUUGUCAUGGAGUCUUUAUUACUAGCUGGGAUUAGUGCCCCUGGACUCUAUGCUGUCUCUAUGACAUCCACGGCCACUCCCAACAUGCAUUUGGUACCAGACACUGCAGCAGGCAGGGCGGUCUGGAUCCCAGACCACUGGGCUUUCUCAUGUGCUGAACAAAGCCAGGAGACUCUCUGCUGGUGCCAAAAAAAGGUUAGAGACCCCUUUCCCGAUUCUGAAAUCUGCCCCUUCCAUCUUCCCCAUAGCCUCAAUCCCUACCAUCCAACCUCCCAGCUCCUGCCUAGCUCUCCCUUAACCCCCAUCCAGCCCUCAGACUCCCCAGCUCCCUCAUGGCCCCCUACAGGCCCCCAGAUCCCUCCACGGUCCCCCUCAUUCCCCUCCAUGCUGAUCCAGCCUCCCCUCCCAGCUCUUCCUCCAUCCUCCUUCAGUCCAGCCCUCAGUUCCUCCAGCUCUUAUCCAAUGAUUCCUCCAGGCCCUUUUAGCUUCCCUGCUGCCCCCCACUUCCCUGAUCCACCCCCACCUUGUUUCAGGCCCCGACAAGCCACCCCAGCUCCUCUCUUGGUCCCCUCCAGCUCUGUUCCAACCCCCCUCUGUCCCCCAGCUCUGAAUUAGACCCCCCAAGCUCCAUUCUGACACCCCCUCCUUUUAACAGUUCCAAUCCAGCCCCCUAGCUCCACCCAGUUCCUACCUAGCCCCUCUAGUUCCCCAUCCCCAGGUCCCCCCAACUUUCCAGCCCUAUGCAAAACAGCUGAUGCUUUUACCUUGUGCAGCAUGGAGAGUUGGGACAGUGUGUUACCCAUCUCCAUCCCCCAUGCUGCAGUUCCCUCAUGCCUUCUCCACACACCCUUGCUGUCUGCUCCCACCUGGAACCUAGGGUUGUUCUGGCCGGAGGGGCUACCCCCUUUUCCUGGGUUAGUUGUGGCCACAUAACCUUUUGGGCCCUGGUGCAACUGCACAACUUGCACCACAGAGGAGGGGAGAUGACCCACAACAGCUUGGACUACAGCUCAGCUGCUCAGUAAUGAACUGGUUUAAUAGUUUCUAAUAAAUAUGUAUGGACACAGCUUUCUUAGUGGACAAGAAUGAACUGAUUUAGUAAUCACUUUUUUAUUACAAACUUUCAUUGCCAUAAAGAUUUGUAAGCUUUAAGUGAUCGAUCUUUAGGCUAUUUUGCAACUUCCUGCUCCAUUGGCCUCUCCUUCCCUCCCUCCGCCCUCUCAGUUACUGCAUGAUUUCUGGGUGUAUGAGGGGCAUGGCAGGGGAGCCACUAACUUGGCUAAGCUGUAGCUUUGGUUGCUAAUUGCACUAUAGGCAGGUCCUUUGCUCAACUUGCCAAAACCACUGGUUGGACAGCUGGAGCUUUGUUAAUUUGACAUUUUCAGUCUUCCCAGUGGAGACACUGGAAAACUCUGACCAUUCCCAGGAAAUCCACAGGGACUAACAGCUAUGCCAGUCCACCUGCUGGGAUACCCACUCCCAAGGCCUCUGAAGAGGAGCAGCUGUGGACAUAGGGUAAGCAGGUCUAAGGUGCUGCUGGGCUAGGCCUGGAACCUCAGGGAUCACCCCAAGAGGCUGGUUUCUCAUGAUGGUCUUCUCUAACUGAGGAAUUCCUAGAGCUACUUCUGCUCAGUUGUAUGGUGAUGGGUUCUUACACGGGGUUCUGCUUCUUACACGGGGCCUGGAAGCCCCAAUCCUCCUCAGAAAUAACACUGCAGCCAAGUGCAGAGGGUCCUGAGGCAUGUUUGGAAACAAAGAGGGCCUAGUGUGGAUGAAUGGGCAAGAAAAGAGAGGUUUCAGAGUGGUAGCCGUGUUAGUCUGUAUCAGCAGAAAGAACGAGGAGUACUGGUGACACCUUAGAGACUAACAAAUUUAUUUGAGCGUAAGCUUUUGUCGGCUGAAGCCCACUUCAUCAGAUACAUGCAGUGGAAAAUACAGUAGGAAGAUAGGCUUAUGCUCAAAUAAAUUUGUUAGUCUCUAAGGUGCCACAAGUACUCCUCGUUCUUUCUGCAAGAAAAGAGAGGCUGCACUGGAGAAAGGUGAGCUGUAGAGCUGGAUCGGCAGGAGGGAGGAAGGGAGCAGGAAGACUUUAGGGAGGGUAUUAAAGCCUUCUCUUGCUUAGGUGCCAAUAUUUCUAGAGCUGGCCCUGCAGCCACCUGCAGAUUGAACUCACUGUGCAACUAUGGACCAUGUGAAUCUCUGCAUCCCCCCAACUCCACCCCAAUUACAUUUUCCUUACUAAGCUGCUACUGCUAGGACAGGGAUGUCAACAGUACCUGGCAUCUCACUGCUGCUCAGUUAAUAAGCCAUCAGAUCACACAGGUUGAUGCAGGCAGCCUCCCACACUGAGCUCUGACUGCUUCUGUGUACUUGAUCAAGCAGGAAUCCAGAGGUCACCUUCAGAGUUUACUUGUCCAUGGAGAUGUCUAAAGGAGUUCCCUGCCCUUUGAACUAUUUCCUGCUCUUCAGGUUCUCUUCAGACAGACUUGUCUGGCCUGGGACACUUAUGGCGUCAUCCACCAUGAUCUAUAUUUAACUCUCUUCCCUUCUGAGUUAAGAUACUGAUUGGUAAACUGGAGCAGCCCAGAGGCCUGCACUUUACAAUCCAUUGUUUUUUCCCUUCUUGCUUAAACUUUGUCCCAGACCCAGCUGGUAAAUUUUGCACAUGUAAAUUGAGAUCUGUUGGCCGAAGGAUAGGCAAGAGAAGACAGGUUAAGCAUUAUUAUGGAGUUGAUCCUGUCAGGUGUUGAGCCCCUGCGACUCCCAUUAUCUUCAAUGUUAGUAGAGAGCUUUAUGUGUUACCUUAUUCACCGUAAGUGAGCAGGCACAGGACAAAGGUGAUAACCCAAUCCCUGCCACAAGGAUUAUUACUGCUAUUGCCCCAACAUGCUAGAUGCUGUAUAUUGUAACAGACAAUCCCUCCCCCAAAGAGUUUAUAAUCUAAACAGACAAGGCAGACAAAGGAGAAACUGAGGCACAGACUGGUGAAGUAACUUGCCCUAGGACACAAAGCAGAUCAGUAGCAGAGAAUAGAACCCAGGUCUCCUGAAUCUGUAUCCAGUACUCUACCCACUGGAUGACACUCCGUCUUCAAGGAGGUUGCAGUUAUCUGAACCCAGGAUUUGCCAUACUCAGUCAGACCAUUGCUCCAAGUCCAAUAUUCUGCAUCUGACAGCAACUAAAACCUGAUGGUUCAAAGAAGGGGACUCCAUAAUGUGCCUGGCUAACUGUGCAAUGGUGCCUGUGAAGGUGGGCAAGGGUAAACCCCUUCCUGACCCAGAAGACCAUCAGUUUGAGAGUUGGCUGUUCUUCUCUGGGUUUGUAAAUUGUUAUAAAUAGUAUUGCUGUAAUUUUCUCCAGCCCUUUCCCAGAUUAGUUUAUCAUUAGCUGUCUUUCCACCACGAGCUCUUACAAUGCUUAAUUUGGCCAUGUGGUCUUACUGAAAUAUAUUUUGGUGUGGGCUGGGUCCCCGAUCCUUAAAAUCCUGUAGUUGUUUGAGUGGAGCUGUUGUCUUCAAUUGCAGUUGAGGGCAGUUGGCACUUUGGUGGAUCAGGCUGGUUCCUUUUGGGGACUGAGCUAGCAAUUGCUUCUCUGUAUUGCGAUGAUUAAGCCUCAUAUUUGUGUAGGACCCUGUAUGCUUCCCCUCUGCGUUAGUGCCAUUCUCCUGGAGUCUCGAGUUUUACUGGAGAGGGCUGAGCAUGAGGUCAUGGUUGAGGACUAAGAGCCAAAUGAAGGGCGUAUCCAUCUGGCAAAGUGAUGUAGAAAUUGAUCAGUGCAGCAACUUUGUGCUAAUCUCACAAGCUCAUUUGCUUUUAAUCACAUUAUGUACCAGAUUCAUCCCUAGUGCAACACCAUUGACGUCAGUGUCUGAAUUUGGCCUCUGGUCUAUACAGAGCAGUAACAUGAUGAUACCAUGCUUUGGUCCCAUCUGUGCAGGCAAGACCAAACCAUGUUAUAACAUGGUCAAGAGGCUCUUGUGGCGUAGAUUCCAUGGCACCAAUCUGCCAUUGCAGAUGGUUUUUAUGUAUCAUUUCAGGAGUGAUACUGCUACAGGGACCAGGUAGAAGAUAGCCUCAUGCACAGGGGUUUUGAAUGAAACUCUGAGAAUGGGACUCUCCCACCCCUUAUACCCAAAAGCUAGUCCUGCCCAUAAAUCUGAUGCAUCAGGUUGUCCAGAGUUUUCCAUCUGCUCACUGGAGUUCUCAACAGUGGGAGGGAGUUGUGAGGAAGGCUUGGGCAUGUUGGAGAAGCCAGCAAGCAGCGCGUGUCUUCAGAAAGAAAUGGUGCAUUUUUUCUUCUAAGGGAAAGGAGAGCUCAUGAGGUUGGCUCUUGGACCUGAGUGUGACAGGACCUUCCUUACGUUGUGGAGCAGAAUCAGGACAGGAUCUUGGAACUUCUAUAGUAUGGAUGUCAGCCAGUCUUCCCUUGCUAUCCUGUGUUAGGGGAUGGGCUGGAUCAACUACUAAGUCUUUUCUACCUCUAACCCUUAUGAUCAUUCUGUUUAGUAACUAUAUUUAUUCGCCUGACUCUAUGCUUCUCUCCUUUCCAUACUCAUUUCAUAGUGCCUCCAAGAAGGUGAUCCAUUUUACUGCCCUUAAAACUUAUCCUGGGGAACUUCAGCUGAGAUGGAAAAUAAAAUAUCAGAUUUUAAAAUGUGGCACUUCUUUACCCUCCUGCUGGUGGCUAAGGAGCUGGCAAAGUGACCCUGUGUGGCAGCCCAGCAUUGGAGUGAAGCAAACAGUAUGGUUGCUGCUUCCACUGUGGUUUUACAAUCAAGCGAACUUUACCGGUGGCUAGGCCUCCAAACUGGGAGUGUCACACAAGAAGUUAGUAUUCUGCAGGGAGGGCAACCUUGGAAGGGCACAGAGAUGCAGAUUCGCAAAGUGAAAAGCCUUUCUUUGCAGUCAUGGUACAGCUGAUACACAGGAGCUCUGUUAUAUGAGGCACGGAGCACAAUGAGAGUGGCUUGCUUCUAAAGGGUGUGAGAAGCUAUUACAUUUUAUUUUAAAAAAGAGGGGAGAGGAUAAUUAUAAAACUAUAUGGGCUACACUGUGCGUUUAGGGCAACCUCUGACUCGGAGUUAUGCGGUGCUACACCUACAGUGCAGGAGCUGCCAGAAGCAUUGGGUCUUAAUCAGGCACAAUGCCUACCAGAGUUCUGGGAAGCACAACUGUUGUGGCACAAUGUAGUCAGUAGUGCAGUAGGAGCGGGCAUAAUAACACGCCCCCCUUACCCCUCUUUGCCUUCUUUGGAGUAACUAGCACCAGUGUCAGCACCUAGCAGAGUCUGUGCACUAAGGGGAGCACAAGAAACCAAUUGCAGGGGUGGACCAAGGUGGGGAGGGCAGCUUGGGAUUUAAACUGUCUCCUGCAGUGUUGAAAGACUCAACACAAGAGCAUUGUACUAAGGCAGGAGAACCAGAGAAUGAAACUGACUUUAAACAGAAAGGGAAACGAGUUCAAUUGGAUUGUCCAAGCAGUAUGAGACGCAAAAACCAGGAAGCAUUCUGCAGUAGAAAGUACUUUUGAUUUUUAAAUAAUUUACAGAAAUACAUUAUAUGUAUUAUGUUAUACACGUUAUGUGACAAGAUCCCUAACUGGUGUAAACUGGCAUGGCAUCAUGGUCUUACUGAUUUAUAUCAGGUUAUGAGUUGGAGAGACGUCCCAAGAUUAUUCCCAACAGUAUGACCCUUUCCAGUUUUUUUUAAAUUCUGAACUUUCCAAAGAGAUGUUACUCACCCAGGCAAAGCAGCUAUGAUGUUUUAGUUGGGUGACUUUUUCAAAAACCUGUGAGGUCAGAGAAUGUGUUUGACUCCAAUCAUAAAAGAACCAAGGCUUUCUUAUGAACCUGAACACAGUGCUGAGGCAAUGAGGGAAUUCAAGAGAAAAGCAACUAAUUUCUAAUUGGAACAAUGAGUUUAAAAUAUAAUAUUUAAAAGAAUCAGGGGAGGAAACAUUGAUGGGCUGGUGUAAAUUGGCAAUGGAGCUAUGCAGAUUUACACCAGCUGAGGAUCUGUCCCAAUGUUCCUAAACUGGCUGACACAGAUGAUCCCAAUCCUUACAGGGUUCUGUCACUGGCUUGGUUCUGAUUCAAGCUCUUUAGCACCCCAAUUAGGUGUCCACUGGGCCAAAGUAUUAUUGAAGCUUCUGACAUUGUGAUAUUUCAAAUUACUAUAGAACGAAAAUAGAUGGGGAGAGAAAAAAAUCUGAAAAACAUUUUCUUACUGUACAUACGACCUCAUUCUUCUGUAUAUUCUGAAGAUAUAAUCUUAUAUUUGGUAUGUGUUUCUUGUGCUAUUUUAUCACGUGACUUGUUUAUAAAAAUAUAUAUUAAAAAUUU